AAUAACAACAACAAUAAUAAUAAUCAUAACAACAACAACAACAACAAUAAUAAUAAUAAUAAUAAUGUUCUCAAAUUUUGGAAGCAGCAGCAGCAGCAGCAGCAGCAGCAGCAGGGGCAAUAUUAG